UGGAACUGCUGGACCGUGUCAGGCAGGAGUGAGCGAAAACUUAUCUAGCUCGACGUUGCUGAACCACCAGGAACACGCCGAGUACGACAGUGACGGAGACACUAAGACGGUGGAAGAAGUUCUUGCCAUCGCCGUACCCAUACUUUUCGGCGCCAUCGCCGUGAUCGGGUUCUUCGGCAACGCUCUCGUGGUACUCGUCGUUGUCUGCGACCCGCAAAUGCGAUCGACCACAAACAAUCUCAUAAUCAACCUCGCCAUGGCCGACCUGCUCUUCAUCGUCUUCUGCGUCCCCUUCACCGGUUGGGACUACACCCUCAACUACUGGCCGUUCGGCGACGCCUGGUGCCGGAUCGUCCAGUACCUCGUCAUCGUGUGUGCGUACGCGAGCAUCUACACGCUGGUCCUCAUGUCCCUGGACCGGUUCCUCGCAGUCGUCCACCCUAUCACGUCCAUGUCCAUAAGGACCGAGCGAAAUGCCAAUCUGGCCAUACUCUUCACCUGGGUCGUCAUCCUAGCCGCCUGCGUUCCGGCGCUCUUCGCUCACGGGGUCGUACUCGUCGAGGACUCCUACUCGGCCUGCACCUUCCGUACCGACAUGGGGUACAACAUCGUCGCCUUCCAGAUAUCCUUCUUCAUGUCUUCGUUCGUCGUCCCCUUGGCCAUCGUGUUCGUGCUGUACCUCCUGAUGCUCAAGAGGCUGUGGCUCGCCGCCGCUCCCGGAGGCCGGAUCAGCGCCGAGAGCAUGCGCUCCAAGAAGCGCGUCACCCGCCUCGUCGUGGUCGUCGUGGUGGUGUUCGCGCUGUGCUGGUGUCCGGUGCAGGUGGUGCUGGUGCUCAAGAGCGUCGACCUGUACGGGAGGACGAUGAACGCGCCGCGGAUCGUCGUCCAGAUCGCGUCGCAGAUCCUCGCCUACACCAACUCGUGCGUGAAUCCGUUCCUGUACGCGUUCCUCUCGGACAACUUCCGCAAGAGCUUCCGCAAGGUGAUCUGCUGCGGCCGCAAGGCGUCGCACGUGGGAGGCUCGUCGUGCAAGGCGCGAUCGCGCCUCAUGGACGAUGCCGAGAGGUCGAGGAAGGAGAGCUCGGCCGCGUGUGUCGCGAAACUGUCCAAGGUGUCAAAUGACAUACUGUGA